AUGGGUGCCGAGCAAUCAGCCCCGCGGUCCGGCGGACAGGCCUCUGCUGCCGUACUAGAGCGCAAGACAUGCUAUUAUGAGGUUCUGGGGGUAGAUCGCCAGGCUGCCGAUACCGAGAUUCGAAAGGCAUACAAAAAGAAGGCCCUCGAGCUGCAUCCUGACCGCAACUUCAAUGAUGAAGAGAAUGCGACCAGGAAGUUCGCCGAAGUACAGACGGCCUACGAGAUCCUGUCGGAUCCUCAGGAACGCGCCUGGUACGAUUCCCAUCGUGAGGCCAUCCUCACAGGCCAGACAGAUGUCUCUGGCGCUGAGCCAUCUGGCCAUGAUGGAACUAGCUACACCUCCGCAACAGCCAUCUUUACGCUGAUGGGCCGAUUCAACUCGAGUGUGCACAUGAACGACAGCCCUAACGGUUUUUUUGGUAUUCUUAACUCGUUUUUUGACCAACUCGCGGCCGAAGAAACCGCAGCGGCAGAUUGGGAAGGCAUCGUGCCCGUAGAAUAUCCAGCUUUUGGCCGGGCCGGCGACGACUACGAUUCCGUCGCGAAGCCAUUCUACAAGAUCUGGUCAGGCUUCUCUACCAAAAAGACGUUCAGCUGGAAGGACAAAUAUCGCCUUAGCGAUGCCCCUGACCGUAGAGUCCGUAGACUCAUGGAAAAGGAAAACCGCAAAUUUCGUGAAGAGGGCAUCCGCGAAUUCAAUGAUGCCGUCUUGUCCCUCGUGUCGUUUGUCAGGAAACGUGACCCCCGUUAUAUUCCAAACACGCAAUCCGAGUCUGAACGGCAACAGAUCCUACGGAAUUCCGCCGCUGCCCAGGCGGCCCGAUCACGAGCCGCCAAUCAAGAGAAGCUGGCCGAGUACGUGGUGCCUGACUGGGCUCAGGCGCGGGAUGAUGAAGAGCAGCCGCUUAGCGAGUUUUCUCUCACUUCUGAGGAGGAGUCUGAAGUUGAGGUCCUGGAAUGCGUUGUCUGCAACAAGACAUUCAAGAGUGAAAAGCAAUUGGAGGCGCACGAGAAAAGCAAGAAACACGUCAAAGCCGUUCAGCAACUGCAAAGGCAGAUGAAAAAGGAAAACGCCGAUUUCCACCUGGGUGUAGAGAGUCCUGCUAUUUCGACGCCCUCACCUCAGCCGCAAAUUCCCCGAAAGACCAAUUUGGACGGUAGUGAUGAUACCGCAAAAUCCCCCUUGGGCGUUUUAGGUGGCAAUUCACAAAGUCACGAGGACAUCUACCAAAGCGCAGAAACGCGAGAGGAUCAGGGCCGAAGUGCAGCGGAUGACUCGAGUACGGAAGAUGACGAGUAUGCACCUCGAUCAACAGUCGAAAAUCGAUUCACUGCUGGAACUGCCUUUAGAGAACCACGGCCCGACAGUCUGGCCACUACUGAAGGCGUCGACUCUCUGACUGACAACAUUCUCGGCCUGGAAGUUGGUGGGACGGAGUCUGGCGGUGCUGGUAAGAAGUUGGGUAAAGCGAAACUAAAACGCGAGAAGAAGGCUGCGCGGCAAGCCGCUGAAGCAGGUGAACAAGGCACUCACCUUUGCGCCUUCUGCAAAGAAACCUUCUCAUCUCGGACUAAGUUAUUCGCGCACAUCAAGGAACAAAAUCAUGCGGCCCCUGCACCUCAAUCCACAAAGGGUGAUAGAAAAGCGAGACGGUAG